UGCGGCUGCGUCGGCUCCUUGCGGGAGAACAUCUGCCUGCUGCAGACGUUCUCCGUCUGCCUGACCGUCAUCUUCCUCCUGCAACUGGCGGCCGGCGUGCUGGGCUUCGUCUUCUCCGAUAAGGCGCGCGGGAAGGUGAGCGAGAUCAUCAACGGUGCCAUCGUGCAUUACCGGGAUGACCUGGACCUGCAGAACAUCAUCGACUUCGGGCAGAAGGAGUUCAGCUGCUGCGGGGGCGUCUCCUACAAGGACUGGUCCCAGAACAUGUACUUCAACUGCACCGCCGCCAACCCCAGCCGGGAGCGGUGCUCCGUGCCUUUCUCCUGCUGCCUGCGGGACGCCGCGGAGGUCGUCAUCAACACGAUGUGCGGGCAGGCCAUGCAGGCCAUGAGCUACCUGGAGGCCAGCGCCUUCAUCCACACCAACGGCUGCAUCGACAAGCUGGUCAACUGGAUCCACAGCAACCUCUUCCUGCUGGGGGGCAUCGCCCUGGGGCUGACCGUCCCCCAGCUGGUGGGCAUCCUGCUGGCGCAGAUCCUCAUCAACCAGAUCAGAGACCAGGUCAAGCUGCAGCUCUACAACCAGCAGCACCGGGCAGACCCCUGGUACUGAGCUGCGGCGCACGGCAGCAGUGCCGGCGUCUGUCCCUGCGGCGCAGCGGUGGCUCGGGGAACCAGGACCUCAACGGCAAUUUUCCAAACCGUGGAUCCGUAGGAAGAGCUGAAGGGGCUUUGCCGGAGAAGAGGGAGGUUGGAGCGGGCUGCGGAUGCCCGGAUCCGCGCGCGGUGGCCGCUGUGCUGCAGAGAGGGACGCACGGGGACGCUGGGGAUUCCGUGGCUUCGGCAGCCGGUGCGAGAGCAGGUGCCGGGCUCGGCUGGGAUGUGCCGUGCUGCUGCGCCCUGUUUGGGGGACUGAACCAGCCCUGGUGAACUGCCGCGUCUGUCCGUCCAUCCG